UGUUGGUUUGGAGUUGUGAUGCCAGCCACGCCAAGACGUACUGCCGGUCUGAUAAUAACUUUUUUCGAAUCGCAUUGGUUCAAAGCGGAAAACAAAAAUAACGAACUAACAGUUUUCAGCGCAUAGUUUAUUGAUUACUUCACUGUAAUUGGCCAAUGCUGUCACAACAAAGAUAGCCCGAAGGCUUUUGCGGCUAGCCUCUGGGGACUUCUGGCUUAGCAUUCGAUUUGGAGUACUUAGACACACAUCUUGUGAAGUUUGUAAAUUGUGUGCGACAGCUGGGAAAUCAUAGUCUUUGUAGAGGUUUAGUACUUGUCAGUAGAGGUUUCUAAACCUCGUUCGUAGCGAGGAAGUUUCUCCCGGGAACAACAUUCCUCGACCAUGAAUACUUACGUGCAAAACUCGAGCACUGAUGAUGAUGUUUCCAUACAACAAAUCGCCACAGCGAGGGAGACGUUCGACGAUCUGGAAACGGCAUACAGAAAAUUCAAGUUUGAGCUGGAAUCUGUGAAAGGAGAGCACAAAUCUGAGGUUGAAAGACUCCAGGCUCAGGUAGAAACGCUUCUUCGUCAGAAAGCUCAGCUUCAUUCGCAGCUGAAAGAUUCUCGGGCCGACUCCAAAAAGUAUCAAGAAGAGUUUGCUCGUGUACAAAGGAAACUUGCUGAAAAAGAAUGGGAGUUAGAGGCUUUAGAAAAAGAUUUACAGUCCAAAGCCGAUAUCAUCAACAAGCUUCGAAGCGAAAAAGAAGGUUUAUUAAAGGAAAACGAAUGUCUGAAGAGAGAAUUGGAAUCAAGUAAAAGAUUUGUAUCAACUGCUUUGGAAAAGCAAGGCAAUGAUGUGGAACUUUCCAGCAUUCGUGAACAGAUUGUCGAAUGGGAAUCUAAUUAUCACGUUGUACAAAAAGAAAAGGAAGACAUCCAGGAAGAGCUGCUUGCACAACUCACGAAGUUUAACGAUUUGCAAGCUGAUCACGACAAGUUAAAGAGAGAAUUACAAAAAGAAACAAAGGGAACAUCUUUGAAGGUGGCAAAAUACGAAGCUCAGGUCAACAAUGUGACCAAACAACGAAACGCCUUAAAAGUUCAAGUUGAGAGCAUAAGAGAUGAGAUAAAACGAAGCAAAGAAUCAUACAAUCUUCUACAACGUGAAAUGCUUGAAAACCAAAAAGAUUUAGACCUUCUUCGAAGUGAAUUGUCAGCCAAAACCCAAAGAGCUGAGAAAUUUGAGAACGUCAACAAAGAAUUAGAAAAUCGAAUAGAUUCACUGAAGCAAAACUUUUCCAAAACACAAGUCUCUACCGAAAUAAGCAGCAAACAAAAGGAUGCACUGGAGAGGAACCUAACAGACGUUGAAGCUAGACUUAGAGACAUGGAAGAAGCUUGCGCAAACUUAACUGCCAUCAAAGAUGACCAAGAAAAAGAAAUCGUUACUGCACGUAUCAAAAUUUCCACACUUGAAUCGAGCUGCGAAAAGGCAAAUGAAAGGGCUAACGAGGCUGAGCAGCAAGCAACACGUCUUCGACAGAAAGUAGGAGAACUAGAAAACAACAUCUUUUCUCUACGCAACAAAUACUCCCAGAUAGAAAACCAGUACGGCCACAUGUGCGAUGAAGUUUAUGAUUUACAAGACAGGCUCGAUGCUACUUCAAGGGAUUGUAUGACAUUGGAAGAUGAGUGUAACAAUCUUGCUCAUGAGAGAGAUGACUUUAAGAGUCGAUUUGAACAUGCCGAAAAAAGAUUAAACGAAGUGAAAAAUUCUUUGCAACGAUUCGAAAAGGAAUCAGAAGAAUUAGAAACUAAAGUAACCGCUUUGAAUGCACAAAAUGCUAAGCUUGAAAACCAACUUAACACUUCUAACAGACAGAAAAGCAUGAUUAAAGCUGAGCUGGAUGAAGAGAAGGCAAAGAAUGCAAAAAUAAGGAGGGAGAUUUUGGUUGCUCAAAAUGAGGCAGUGGAGGCAAAACGAUCGCUCGAACGUUACAGAAAAGAUGCAGCAUCCAAAGAAAAGACAAUUACCGAUUUGAGAGCGAAUAUUGGAGCAAUGGAAGGAAAAUUCGAUCCAUUCUACGACGAGAACAAUAAACUUCAAACGCAGAUAGAAAUUUUGGAAGACGAAAAGAAGAGUUUACACGAAGAAAUGCUCCGACUUCAACAAACUUUGAUGGAAGUUGAGUCUGACUGCAAAGUUGCCAACGAAGAAAGAGACUUGGCAAAUGGUGAGAUUCAUGGAUAUCACAAAACGAUUUCAGAACUGCAAGCUGCUCAUUCUUUGUGUGACAAAACGAAAAACGAUUACCAACAGCAGGUAAUGGGACUGGAACAAAAGCUCGACAGACAAGAGAAAGAGCUAAGAGAGAUGAUGACUGAGAAAGCUCUGCUCGAAGAACGCUUAGCAAGCUACGAAGGCGAGUCUCGGUCCAGCAUAGACAAUGUAGACGUGAUAAAAACCCAACUAGUGGAAACUCAAAUGAUUUUAGAGGAAUUCAAGAGAGAAGCAAACGAAAAGGACGCCAUUAUCGAACAGUUAAAAGACAAAGUAAUGGUGCUUUCUAAGGACCUCGAUAACUCAAAGAAUGAAAUUUCUCGCGAGAGAAGCCUUGUAGAAAGUUACGAAGACGAGAAAAGACAUCUUCAGGAAGAACUCGCAAGACAAGGCGAUGAAAUUACAAGAUUGGACCAUUUGUUUGAAACAACAAACAGAGAACGUGAACAGCUAGAGUUGAAUCAUAGUUUGGCGAUCAAGAGGAUGAAUUCUGUCGAGAAUUUAAGCAAGAAAGAUGGGGACACGAAUUCAAGGCGAGAACUAGAAAUAAUGAGAGGCAAACUCAGUGAACUGCAACGUGAUGCUUCCAGCUAUCGUAAAAGAAUAGCUGAGCUGGAAUCGAUGUAUAAUAUAUCCAAGAAAGACAAAGAGGAAUUAGAGGCUGAAGUCGAAGAGUCUGAACAAAGACUGUCCGCUCAGAAACUUGAAAUCGAAAGACUGACCAAUGAAAAUGUUGAAAAGACACAGAAGAUCGUGUUUAUUGAAUCAAAACUGGCUGAUUUCGAGGAAGAAGUUGAUGCCGCUGUCAGGAACAAAGAAGCAGCCGAAGAUGAGCUGUACAGCGUGCGAGGGCGUAUAGCUAAGCUUGAAUCACAGAUCGAGACAAUCCAAAGACACAAGCUUCAAGUCAAAGAUCAACUUGAUGAGGCCAACAGAAAAUUGAUUGAUGCCAAAGAAAAGAUCAUGAAUCUAGAAAGCCAGUUGUUGGAGGCGAGAAAGAUGAACGAGACCAUGACAAAGACAAUAAGUAAAAAAGACAUGCUAAUCGAAGACCUUAACGAACAACUGAAAACACUUAGAAGAGAUCUGAAUAACAAUAACCAGGAUCUUAUCACCUUUAAAGUUGGUUCUGAAGGUCUAGAUGCCGAAAAGAAAGAGCUUAUGAAGCGGCUAGCUUCCAUGCUAAUAAAAGUCGAAGAAGGAGAGAAGGAGCUUCGUAGGAUUCGGGAUGGCAAAGGCUCCAUGGAACAGGAAAUCAGCGGACUGCUCUUGAAAGUCAGCUCUACCGAAACCCAGUUGGUAAAUGCUCUUAAGGACAAGGAGCACUUCAAGAAUGAGUGCACAAACCUACAGGGAGAGAACAGGAAAAUGAAAGAAGAGUUGAUCAAUCUCCAAAGUGAUUUACGUGAGAAAGACAGGCAAUGUGACACACAGCAAAGAGAACUGACCGAGAAGGAAAACUCUAUAGAAUGGCUGAAGAAUGGAAAGCUUGCAUUGGAACAGGAUUUUUUGAACACCAAAAAAGAGCUUGAAAAUCUAAAAUGGAACAACGAAGUUCUGGAAGAAAAAAAUAAGGAACUCUCAUCUCAAAUUGAUGAAGUUUGCAACCAGUUGGGUCAAAUGGAGAGCACUAUGGCAAACUUUACAAACAGUAAACUGGAAGUAAUGGAGGCUACGAUAAGUGAAUGCGACCCAGAACAAGCCUUUGAAACUGGGCAAUCUAACGGUGGAACUAGAGAGAGUGGGGGAGAUAAACUAAAGCAAGAAUUACAAGUGGCCAAGAAAAAAAUUGUCAAGCUUGAAGAUGAUCACAAACAAACUCAGCAACAAAAUAUUGAAUAUCAACACGAGAACAAAAUGCUUAAGAAGAGAAUAGAAGACCUCGUUUCUGCAAAAGAAAGAUUUGAAAGCGAGAAAAAGGAGCUUAAAGAAGGACUUUUGAAAUCCCAGUCGAGAGAGUCAGACCUUGAAGUUCGCUUUGAGCAUGAAUGUAAGGAAAGAGUUGCCUUGUUGACACAACUCGAUGACAGCGAGAACCGCUAUAACACAAGCAGGGAGGAGUUUCUGAAAUUAGAACAGCACUCAAUAGAAAACCGAAUAACACUCGAGGCCAUCAAAAAAGAAUUGAAAGAAAAGGAUGAAAUCGCUGACCAACUGAAGUCUGCGAAGGCGUAUUUUGAAGAACAGAAUCAUUCCUUGAAGACAAGCCUGGUCCAAAGUCGUGAAGACGGUGAAAAGAGAAAACAAGAUUUGCUUCAAUUACAAGAUGAAAUUUUGAAAGCCAAAGAUGCUUUAUCUGAAUCCGAGGCUCGUGUACAGAAGACAAGCUACGAAAGAGACAGGGCGCAAGAGGAUUUGCGAGCUCUUUUAUCAAAGAUCUCAAACAUGGAGCAACAGUUGGCUGAUAGUGAAAGACAGAACAAUGUCUUGAAUGACAAACUGGAAGAUUGGAAGGACAAUGUUAACAGGCUACAAAACGAUAAUUCUAAACUUGAGCAAGAAAUAAACGAGUUGAAGGCCUUGCUCGCUAAGGCUAAAAAGAAUGUAGAAAAUAAAACAAUCGAGAUCGAAAACCUUCGACAAACCAAUGCAGCGCUGGAGAGUGAAAUAGAAGGCGCAAAACGUAACUUGAGGAGAAAAGAAGCCGACCAAAACAAGUCAGUCAAGAGGAAACAAGUGGAAGAAAGAGUUUCUACUGAAAAGUCAUCAAUUCUGGAGAGUAGCUGGGGUAGUAUGGGUAGCAUUGCGAGCGAUGAUCGUUACUUCAUUGAAGAAGAGCUGUCAUUAGCCAAGCGUAAAAUUGCUGAGAUGGAAUCAGCAUUCAAAAUCAGCGAAGAGCGAGAACAAGGGAUGCAAGAAAAACUUCUGGAAAUCUACGUGAACUUAUCGCGGCUGGAAUCAAGCGAAGAGACAUUACAGGAAAAAAAGAAAGAACUUGAAAACGAGCUUGCAUUUAUGCAAAAAGAACUCACGCCAUUGAAAGAGAGCUACGAUUCCGCUAUGAAUGAAAUUCAAAGCUUGACAAAUGACUUGAAGGAAGCAGAAGAGAAGGAUUCUAAGCUUGAACUGCAGUUAGAACGCGCCUUGAAAUCUAAAAAUCAAAGCGAGCAACAAGUUGAAGACGUUUCCAAGAAUCUCGCGAGGAGUGAGGAAGAGCUGCUUCAAGUAAGGCGCAAGCUGCAAGAAUAUCAGACCCUUUGGGAGCAGCACACAAAAGAUGUUGGCGGGAAAGACAGCCUAAUAGAGGGGAUGCAAAAAGAAAAGAAGGCAUUAGAAAGAGAGGUGCAGGGCCUUCGAGAAGAGCUGAACAGUAUCCAUGGUUCAAUCAAUGAUGCAAUUAGAAAGAGAGAUGAGAGCGACAACGACCGUUUUGAGAUGAAGCGGGAACUUGCAGAUUACGAAUCAAAGCUGCAAUCAAGCAAACUCGAAAAUAAAGAAAUGCAAAAGGAUUUGAUUGAACAGCAAAUGAAGAUUGCAGAUGCAGAGGAAGAGUUACAGCGAGUUUUUAGAGAGCAGACAAACAUUCGAGCAGAACUCGAAGAAAAGAAAAGUGCUCUAGCUAGAAGUAAAGAAGAGAAUGUGGGCAUUCAAAAACAAAACAUGGACUUGAGAGGCAACUUGGACUCUUUAAGAAAAGACCAGAUCGAGAAAGAAAAUCAGAUCGAAUGGCUGAAGUCACGCGAGAGCGCAUUUGAAGAUGAGAUUCGGGUACUAAGAACAAAACUGCAGAAUUAUAAAGACGAAUACGAAAGUGCUGAACAAACCAUUUCGAGCCUUGAGAAAGCAAUAGAAGAUCGAGACGCUAAGAUGUAUGAGUUGGAAUACAAUCUUAUGGCUGCUAAACGAGAAAUCGAAAAGCUACAACAGGAAAUUUCAGCUGCUAAUGUGUCGUCAUCUUCUUCUGGGGUUAAAAGCCCACAACAAGUACAGAAAAUGGACAAGAUGCAAAUGGACGUCAUCAGUGCCAGUCGUAAAGCUGCGCAUCUCGAAGCGAAGAAUGAAGCUCUGAGAGAAGAGAAAGAUAAGUUGAAAAGUGACAUCGGGGACCUCAAAAAGAGUAAUGGUGAGCUGAAAGCAAGGUUAGACGCCAUAGAACGAGAAAAGAAAAAGAUACAAUCAGAACUGAGCCAUAUACAAAAGAAACGCCUAGAAGUUAAAACAGACCAUUCAAGCGAAAGGACAAAAGCUAAGAAUGAUUCCGCCAAUCAAAAACUGCUUCUUGAGAUGGAAUCAAAUCUGAAGAAUUGCAAACAGGAAAAAGAAGAUGCAGAAAAUGAAUUAGAGCUUGUUCGUUCAAGAUUAUGUAAACUUGAACAAGAAUUGGCAGAGAGUAAUAAGGAGAAAGAGUCACUGCAAUACGAAAGCAAAUGCAGGGGUAACAGAAUAGCAGAGCUUGAAGAAAUCUUAAAAAGCUUAGAGGCAAAGGACAAAUUUGGGAAGGAAGAAUUUUUGUCCUGGCAUAAAAAAGUUGCAACAUUGGAGCAGGAAGUAGAAGCGUCGGUGAACAGAUUCAGUCGCGCAGAAGCAUUCAAUACAGCCUACCAAAAGAAAGUAAAAGGGCUAAAUGAUGAACUGUAUGAAUAUCAACAGAAGGUCGAAGAGAUGGUCGGGACUUUGGCAGACGUAGAGGAGAACGCUAGUACCAAGGAGAGAGAGUUAAUGGAGGCACAGAAAAAGAUAUCUGAUCUAGACUCGGCGUAUCAGGUACUUUUGCAGGAGAAAAAGGAGCAACAGCGUGAAUUAGAUGGAGCUAAAGCAAAGAUUGAGCAACUAGAAGAAGAACUACAAGCACAGUUAAAACAAGAGGCACAGAGAAGAGGCGUCAUUGAUGAAAUGAAAGCAAGAAAUGAUGCUCUUAAAGAAGAAAUCGCUAAACUUCAGGGCCGUCUUCUGGAUCAGCAGCAGGCUGCCAAAGAUGACCACAAAAACCUCCCUCAAAAGAAAUACGCAAUUGAGAAGUUAGAGAAAGACAACAGAUCAAUGCAAACGGAGAAUGAAAAUUUGAAGAAGGAUCUCCUGAAGACCAAAGAAGAUCUGGAGAAGGCGCUGGUUGAGAAACGUGACGCAGAGAACGAGCAGAUAACACUGCAGAUGCAAGUGACUGAACUGGAAACAAACUGUAACGUCCUUCAAGAUGAAAUCGACCGCUUGAAACCUGAAUUAGGGAUCAUCGAAGCACAGCUUGUUGAACAACGUUCAUUGAAUAACUCCAUGACACAGGAGAUGAUAACUGUCCAAAGAAUGGACGAAGUCGAUACUGCCCUUCCAGAUAACAAUUUUGAAAAUAAUGCCUUGAGGGAAGAAAGAGACCGUCUUUUAGAUGAGGUGUCGACUCUGAAUCGGAAAGUCAUCGCGCAAAAGAAUGCUAAUGAAAUAUUUCAACAAGAGAAAGCGAGCCUUAGCGAGAGUUUACUCGGGCUACGGAAAGCAAACUCAGAUUUGGAGCGAGCAAAGAAGGAAUUGACAUCUGAACGCAAUACCCUCAAAAAUGAAAUAGAUAUGUUUGAACAAAAAAAUGUAGAAUUGCAAGCCUUGCUGGAAUCCGCCGUCAAAGAGAAGGACAAAGUUACACGAGAUAGUAAGGAGACAGUAAAGAAGUUGCUGCAGUUAGAAGCAGAUUAUGAGAUAUUGAAGUCAGAAAAAAGAAAACCUGGCGGAGUAUCAGGGCAAAAGUUAUCCAGUUUGGAGCAAACGCUCAAGAAAAGUCAAACCCGCGAAAAGGAGCUCCAGAAUGAAGUCCUGGAAGCUCAUAAGAAGUUAUCCAAUUUCGAACACGAGCAAAAAUCGAACCGCGAAAGGAUUGAAACUCUUCAGUCAACCUGCCAUUCAGUGGAAUAUAAAGCUGCCAAACUGAAAGAAGAAGUAGUGGUUUAUCAAAAGCGUAUAUCAGAGCUUGAAGCUAGUUACGAAAGCAGUCGUUCCAUACAAAGCCAAAUGGAAGAAGAACUCUCUGUUCUACACGAAAAGCUAGCGGGAGCAGCAGAUAACAAGACAGACGAACACGACAAAAAUGAAAUGAAACUAGAACUUGAAGAAAUGAAAGAUAACCUUUCUAAAAUGGAACGACAGUUCAACGAGGAAAAGCUCGAGAAAGAAGCUUUACAAGACAAACUUUCUAUGGAAAGAACCAAGAAAGAGGAAGAAGCUAAAGAAUUUAAUCGUCGAAUUAUGGAGCUGCAGAGUAAAAGUGAGAGUUAUAGAAGAGAAGCUGUUGAAAAAACAUCAAUUGUGGAACAGAUGCGCACAAAGACCACGACCCUUGAAACAGAAUGUACAAAUGUUAAGCGAUAUAUCGAAGAAAAGGAAAAGGAAAUCAAGACUUUGGUUACAGAGAAUGACAAGAGCAAGGUUGAAAAUUACAAGCUGAAGUCAAAUAGGGCUACAAACGAGGAAGGCCAUCGUGAAGAACUUGACUCCUUGAAGCAGAAGAAACAGUCAGCCGAACGAGAAAAAGAUAUGCUUGAAAAACAACGUGAUGAACUGCAAAGAGAACUACAAAAGGUUAAAGAAAAGUUAAUGGACCAAGAAAAUGUUAACCGACAAAGUUCAGGCGCCCUUGAACAAGCAACCAAAAACAUGCAAGUUGCACGUGAAAAGGUCUCAAGGCUUGAGUUUGAUUUACAGAAAGCUUGCAAAGACAAACAAACCACCCAAGAUCAGCUCGAGAAGUCCAACAAAGACCUCCUCAAGAAGCAGGAAAAGAUUAUCCGCCUUGAGAAGGAGCUAAGAACUGCAACCAUUGAGCUAGAGCUUAAAACCAAAGCUGUGGGAGAGAAAGACCAAGAUAUCAUGAACCUUCGACUAAAAAACGAAGCGUUAGAAAAGGAGAUUGAAAAGCUUAAGAAAGAAAUAUACCUCGCACAAGAAACAAAUGAGAAAAAUGAAUCCAAGAUCAAGGAAUUUCAAACAACUAUCAAAGAAGCACAAUCGCCAAGGAUUCCCAAGAACAUGAUACAAGGAAAUUUGGAAGUUCGCCGACGUCCUGACUCUAGACCAAGCUCAAGGUCCAGCAGCAGAGAAGCAUUGACAAGCCCUACAAGACUACCCUAUGGGGGAACUAGUAGGGAGUCUUUGUCACCAAGACCCUUUGAUGGCAGCACGGACUCGCUGAAUGGAGACACAACAAGAACUCUGUACCGGGAAAGCCAAUACGUCAGACGUCAAUACAGAGCAAGUUAUCCACCAGAAGUGGAAGUCACUGCGACUCCAGUCGACGCAUCCAGACCUUCAGGGUACGAUGCCCAACAAGUGGAUGGAAGACCAGCCUGGGAAAAAACUUCUAUUCUGUGAUGACGUCAUACUAGUUUCUUCCAAGUUUAUUAUUAUGAUAUCACAAUACCACAACAAAAAUUCUGAUGGUUUUAACACCCAUUGCCUUUUGUGCCGCAAAUGCGUCACGCAGAUUACGAAAUUCUCGAAAAAACUGAUUUCAUGGCGAGCUGAAAGCUAUUUAUUUCAGAAAUUUAUAAGGACAUCAUGGAUCCUUACAAAUUCUCUUAGUCAUCAGUUUAGUAUCUUAUUUACCCCUUCAUCAUCACGCAUGAGCCUACCACUCAGUUUGUCAGGCUUUGAAUUGUUAUUAAGAUUUUCACUCCGCUAUUACUGACAGCAUAUAUAUCGCGACCGUCCUUGAUUCUCUUAUGUAUAACAGAAAUUGCAAAGGGUUUCAUACCCUGGGUCCCAGAGUUCUCAGAUUUCGCUUUAGACUUCUCGUUAAAAGUAAACUAAGGCCGCAGCGGAGGAAUAAGUACCCUCUGGACCCCCGGGUAAGUCUUUCGAGGAAAAAAAAUGGUAUUUCACUCCAGCGUAACGAUAACAAUGUAAUAAAAGAACCCUGUUGUAAAUAGAUAUUUAAAAAAUGGACAAAGUCAAAUUAUUUACUUGAAAAGGUUAUAUAAAGAAAUAGUUUUAACAUUGAGUUAGAUGCCUUAUCUAUCUUGUAUUACGUACGUAUGACGCUUAUAGUGUUGGUCACAUUGUUGUUCUUUUUAGUUUUGAUAAUUUAUGAAAAGCUUACCGCUCAUAUACUUGCUUGGAAUCUAUUAUUGUAAGUAAUAAAAGUUAUGGAAAACGAUA